UUCUUUGUUGGUUUAAUUGAAUACCCCAAUAUGAAUAUCCAUUGAAGCAGCUUUAGAAUGUGGAAGGAAAAAACACAUUUUUUUAUGAACUAUUGAACACACAAGUGAAUCAAUUUUAAAAAAAUAUUUUAAAUGUGUUUUACAUCACUUUAUACGCUUCUCCACAAGGUUCACUGUGUUUUUGGUACCUUUAGAAACCGGGUGCUUUCCAUUUGCAUUUAAGAUAGAUCCACCUCUCAUUCUGGUGUCAAAGCUUACUGUCAGACUGAGUUGGCUGCUUGUCCAGCGUGUAUGUUCCUGUCUAAUGAGUAAUGUCAGAUCUGUAUGGGUCCAGCAUGACAUUAGUGGCAUCCUGCUGAAUCUAUUAGAUACUGUUUUAUUCAUAUCCAGUGUUUCCCCAAGCUGUGUACCUCCCUGCUGUAAUUGCUAUAGCAGGAACCAGAUGUGGCGAGGACCUCACUUUGCUCUGUUUUCUGUCUGUGUGUCAGUCAGUGUUUUUUUUUUUUUGGCAGGAUGUACAGCUUCAUGGGAGGUGGGUUGUUCUGCGCCGGAGUCGGGAACAUACUCCUCAUUGUCUCCACGGCAACUGACUACUGGAUGCAAUACCGUCACUCCAGCAAUUACAUGCACCAGGGCCUGUGGCGGUACUGCGUGCCCGGGAAAUGCAUGACCCACACAGACAGCAUCGCAUACUGGGAUGCCACCCGGGCCUUCAUGAUUCUUUCCCUUCUUGCCUGUUUCAUUGGCAUUGUGAUCGGCGUCAUGGCCUUCAUCCACUACUCCUCCUUCGACGGGUUUGACAAGACAUUUGCAGCCGGCAUUCUCUUCUUCAUCUCCUGCUUCUUUGUGCUGCUGGCCAUGGCAGUCUACACAGGAGUGACAGUGAACUACUAUGGUAAACGCUAUGGCAGCUGGCGAUUCUCCUGGUCCUAUAUAAUGGGUUGGGUGGCAGUGGUGCUCACAUUCUUCUCAGGUAUCUUCUACAUGUGUGCCUACCGGAUGCAUGAAUGCCCAAGAAACUCUAACUCGCGCUGA